AUGCUCACCAAAUUAUCUCUCGCAGUGGUGGCGCUGGUCGCCCAGGCUUUUCCCGGACUUGGAGAUAUUGAGCCAGCAACGGUCAAAGUGACAACCUCGAAAACAGUACGUGGUGAACUGGCCAAUAUUUAUCUCAACUGGUUUGGUCAACAGCCAAGUUUGAUCAAGGCUGUAUAUGCGCCCUGUAACGGCGAGGAUUCAUUGACGAAGGGGCAAAUCAUCGGACAGUUUUCAAUCCACGAUCAUCCUCCCCAAAGACUGGUUUGGGCGGUUCCAGAGGAAGCUCCGGCGCACCAUUGUGUAUACGUAUAUGGGGUUGACGACUCCAAUGAGAUGCAAAAGACCUUGGGCAAAAGCAGCCCUGUCUCCUUGCAGAAGAAGCCUAAGAAACGAUCUGCGGCAGACACCAAUAUCCCAUUGCUAAAGGACUUUGAUGCACAGGGAGCAUGGUUCGAUGGAGUGGCCAAAAUCAGAGACAAAGCGGAAAGUAACGGAGGGGUUGCUUCAAAAAACUCGCCAAAGGAUACCUCGAUCGCGAUUGUUGGAGGCGGGAUCUCCGGGCUUGCAACGGGGUUGAUGCUGGACAGCAUCGGUGUACACAACUGGGAGAUCAUCGAAGCCAGCGAUCGCGUUGGUGGCAGAUUUCGCACAAAAUAUGUUGCCGACACUCAAGAAUGGGCUGAGAUGGGACCAAUGCGACUUCCAUACUCUGUCACUUACAAAGACGACAAUGAGACACUCUUGUAUUCUGAUCAUCAGUUGACUUUCCAAAUGGCCAAGAUUUUGAACAACAUGAACAGGAAUGAGUCGCAAUGGAAGAUUGAUUUUAUUCCCUGGAUCCAACACAGUCCCAAUGAGUUGUAUGCUCGAGGCACUCGCCGUCAUCCAGAUGGAAGAAUCCCAACGCGGUCUGAAAUCGAGGAGGAUCCAAGCCUGGAGGAACCCUCAGCAAUGACAAGUUCCGAAUACACCAACACCGAGAACCAGAUGCACAAAAUCCUUAAAGACGAAAGGACUCUCAAAUCUCUUCAGAAAGAUGUCUGGAGAGCCCACAAGACCGCCAUGGACCAAGGGCUCGAUGACUGGAGUGAACAGGCAAUGAUGCGACAUGUUUUCAAGGCCAGUCAAAACAUCACCGACGAAAUCUGGACCUCAUCCGACUACGAUGUAUUCUGGGAUGAGCUGCAUCAUAACUCCAAUCUCGGCCUGGAUGGAAGCAAGGACAGUAUGGGCGAAACAGAAUGGCUGUGUAUCGAUGGAGGAUUCAACCGCCUGUCCGAUGCUUUUCUUCCUCAUGUUCGUGACAGGCUUACUCUCAAUCGAAAAAUCCGGAAACUGGAACCAGUCAAGGGAAGUGAUGGUCACACCCGCACUCGACUGUCAUGGUACCCGAACGUCUUAAAUCGCACCUUCGAAUACAAAGAGUACGACUACACAAUCAUGGCAGCGCCAUUCACCAUGACCCGCUUCAUGGAUCUGCCCAAAUUCUCCUCGGUCCUAGACCGCGCGAUCAGCGAAGCCGGCCUGCGAUUCAAAUCUGCAUGCAAAGUUGCCCUACUAUUCUCCGAGCGAUUCUGGGAAAGGGGCGACCGACCAAUCUUCGGCGGCUACUCCAAGCCAUCCAGUGACUCAGUCGGUGCACUCUACUACCCAGUCUACGGACUCAACGAGUCCCGUCCGGGUCUAAUCAUGCACUACCGUGGCGGGGAUUGGAGCGACCGAUUUGUGAGUUUCUCCGACGAAGAACACGUCCAGACGGUACUGGACUCAAUUGUCAGCCUGCACGGUGAACAAGCGCGCGACCUCUACACGGGAGAUUAUGAGCGUCUCUGCUGGCUUGAGGAUGAACAUACUGCGACUUCUUGGUGUCGGCCGGAUGUUGCACAGCAUCAACUAUACAUUCCGGCUUAUCAUCAGACGGAGCAUAACACCAUUUUUAUUGGAGAGCAUACUGCACCAACGCAGGCUUGGGUUAGCUCUUCGCUGCAUUCUUCUGUUCGUGGGUCGGUUCAGCUGUUGUUGGAGUUGGGUUUGGUGGAUGAGGCGAAGGAACUUAACCAGCGGUGGAUGGGGAGAUGGAUCAAGUUAUAA